GAGAUGAAGUCAGAAAUACGUUUCUGAGAACAAAAAAAAAAAAAAAGGAAAGAGCUGUAGAUUUUGAUUUGAUCAGAUUCUCUAAGACUUUUGCGAGUCGAUCUGAUCCGAUCCUCAUCCUCAUCCUCUUCUCUCGCCUGUGAGUCAGUUGGUCAUCGAAAAUGGCGCCGAAAUUCGACACGGAGAAGAUGCAGGAACGCCAGAACUUCCGCAACGUCUGGCACACCGAUCUCACUCACAGCAUCCAGGGCGAUACUCCUUAUUGCUGCUUUGCGCUGUGGUGUUCCCCUUGUGCGUCAUAUUUGCUUCGCAAACGUGCGCUUUACAAUGACAUGUCAAGGUACACUUGCUGCGCCGGUUACAUGCCUUGUAGUGGCAGGUGUGGAGAAGCCAAAUGUCCUCAACUUUGUCUUGCCACUGAGGUCUUUUGCUGCUUUGGAACCUCUGUGGCAUCCACUCGUUUUCUUCUUCAAGAUGAGUUCCAGAUUCAGACGACGCAGUGUGACAACUGCAUCAUUGGAUUUAUGGUUUGCCUCAGCCAAGUGGCUUGCAUAUUCUCCAUAGUUGCAUGUAUCGUCGGCAUUGAUGAGCUUUCUGAAGCUUCUCAGCUGCUCUCUUGUUUAGCUGACAUGGUGUACUGCACGGUUUGCGCUUGUAUGCAGACACAACACAAGGUGGAAAUGGACAAGAGAGAUGGCAAGUUCGGUCCACAGCCGAUGGCGGUGCCUCCGCCUCAGGUAAUGUCACGUAUUGAUCAAGCAACUCCACCCGCAAUCGGUUAUCCUCCACAAGGUUACCCACCUUCUGGUUAUCCGCAACACCCGCCACAAGGUUAUCCACAACACCCACCGCAAGGUUAUCCACCUUCUGGUUAUCCGCAACACCCUCCACAAGGUUAUCCACCUUCUGGUUAUCCUCAAAACCCUCCAGCUUAUCCUCAAUACCCUCCCGGUCCGGCUUAUCCUCCUCAGGCUUACCCAAAGUAACUACUCUUUGCCUGGUUUCUCUGGAGACUUCUUUUUCAUCGUCCUUUUAAAUUCACAUUCAAGUCGUUGGUAUAUGAUGUGCUCUUGGUCAAAAGUGUUGAACGUUGGCGGAUUGUUUUGAGGUCAUUGUUUGUGUAAGACAUUACCUCUGCUGCUGUUGUUGUUACUGUCUGACACAUGCCUCUUGGACUGAGUCAUUUGAUGAUUUUUUUUUCUUAAGUCUUCUAAAUUCUUUUAUGGUAA